ACCAAGUCUCUUGAAAUACAAAGCUCAAAAUUAAACACCUUUUGAUACAGAAAUAGAUCCUCUGGCUCUGGAAGAAGGUUUUAACUCUAUUUCUAUCAUUCGUCUUCUCUGCAGACGAUUUCUCUCUGCAAGCUCCCAAAGUCGAAAACUUUAUCAGCAAUGGCGGUUUUGUUGUCAUCUUUCUCUCCACUAGGAAUCAACAUUGACAUGAAUAAGAAUCUGGGUGUUUCGUAUUCUUCUUUCCCUCAAAUUCAUCUCUUUAAGGGUUCUACUCCACUGCGUGUUCGAACAUUCGUCGUCUCGAGUCGUAAAAAUUCAGGAACUGGUUUGGCAAGUGAGGAUAAGAAAUUGUUGCUGGAACGAUAUGGUUAUGAUGCUAAUGAUGACUUUGGGUCUCAAUCUAAGAAGGCGAGAAGGAAAGAAGAGAAAAUGAGUGGAAGGAAUAGUCAACAAGUAGAAGAAGUUGUUGUUGUACAGCCAAGAACAACUCAUAGGUUACUGCAGGUUCUUGCAGGAACGGCGAAACGAAAGAAAUUGCUUUCUCUUAAGGGAAUGGAUGUGAGACCUAUGAUGGAAGUUGUUAAAGGAGCAGCUUUUGGAAUUCUCCAGGCUGCUGGUGGUUGUCCAACGUCUCUGCGUCCUGGUAGGUGGUUGGAUUUGUAUAGUGGUACAGGGUCUGUUGGGAUUGAAGCAAUCAGUCGAGGAUGUUCUGAGGCACAUUUUGUUGAGAUGGAUCCUUGGGUUGUUUCAAAUGUUCUACAACCAAACUUGGAACACACUGGGUUUGUUGAUGCUUCGGUUAUACACACUGCUCGAGUUGAAAACUUCCUGGAACGUGCUGAUAAAUUAGUAGGUAAGGAUGGAGUGUUUGAUUAUAUCAGCGUUACGCCACCUUACAUGGAGGUUGAUUAUGAGGUUCUGAUGGAUCAGAUUGCUAAGUCACCAGCGAUUGGGGAAAAUACUUUUAUUGUGAGUAGCUAUAUAUUUCCCUUUUUAAACCAUCUUAUAAGGAUUUUGGGUCAAUGUGUAAUACUCGUCCUCUUUUGGACAAAAUCUGACCUAGUUGGUCGAGUACCCAUCACGAACAACAAUGCUUGAUUCAUGUGGAUGCCUUGAAAAGAUGACUGAUAGAAGGUUUGGCCGGACACAUCUAGCUAUAUAUGGACCAAAAUGGGCUCAGAAGCCAAGAAAAUCUUAAAGCCACAGUGAUUGUCGACAGUUAUAUCUGGCCAUUUUUUUCGGUUUAAGGCAAUGAAGAGAGACUGUGACUGAAGAGCUAGUUCCUUCUAACCUUUGAAUACUAGUGUGCUUUUGUCCGUCAGUCGCCAUUUUGUUUGUAGCCAAAUACUAAAGCUGGAUACAAGUUGCAGUCUUAUGAUAGUUCUAAAAUCGGUAAUGGUGUAUGUCGGCUUGUGUGUGUCUGUGAAGUAGAGAUAUAGCUGUAAUCUGUAUACAGUUUGAGAUAUGAAGUCAGUUAGAGUUUCUCCUUUUUACUAUUACAUAUGGCCUCUUUUGAUGCUCUUAAGGUCUGAGAGAGCCACCAUGCUACUCAUUGUUUCUAUAUCUAUGUAUCAUAUACAUCCGUAACAAUCGUAAGAAUCACUUCGUAUUAAAGAAAACCAUACCGAAAGUGACGUAACUGAGGUAUGUGUUAAAUC